AUGUCGGAAAGCAGCUUUCAAAAAUCCACACCCGAAGAUGAUUACUACACGGCAGGUGUGGUAGAAUUCAGCUCCAAGGACAAACGAACGACAACCGAUACUCCAGCGGUGUACACUUCUAGAACGCUAACAAAAUACAUGGAACUCAUCAACUCUACGGAAGCAGACCAGCUGGACAUCUUGGUAUUCCCGGAAUACACCCUGAACGACAUCGAAACGGCUACCUUCGUUCCCGAUCCUUUCCAUGACAUCGCUCCCUGUAACCAUCUGCUGUACGAUCCUAUCGUGCGGGAUUUGUCCUGCCUGGCCACGAUCCGUAAGCUGUACCUGGUGGUGAACCUCGUCGAAAAGGCCCACUGUCCGGAGGGUUACGACUGGCGGGCUUGUGCCGACAAUGGGUUGUACCACUUCAACACCAACGUGGUAUUCAAUCGCCAGGGAGUCGUUGUAGCCCGGUAUCGAAAGUACACACUGUUUGACGAACCGGGAAUCAACACCACGCUCUUCUCCAGUCGAGCUACGUUUCAGACUGACUUUGGAGUCGAAUUUGGGACGAUUACCUCCUUUGACAUCUUGUUUGACGAACCGGCAAUGGAGUUGAUUCGCAGCGGAGUUACGGACAUAAUCCUUCCGGCGAUGUGGAUCUCUGGACUACCCUUUCACACUGGUGUCCAGGUUCAGCAGGCCUGGGCGUACCGGAAUAACGUGAAUCUGCUGGCGGCUGGAACUAGUUAUCCGGAGGUCGGAAGUACCGGCACUGGAGUGUACGCUGGCAAGCGAGGUCGGAUCGUUUCCGUGAUGAAUCAUUACGCUGAAACCAAGCUGUACGUGGCCUCUGUUCCCAAGAUUGGCAGACCUCAAGCGGAAGUCAAGAAGCAACCUGUCAUCAAGUACACUCCGGCUCAGAUGAGUAAUCUGAAGAUGCUAAGAGACCCGAUUGAUGGUUAUACUACAUUCGAUCUUCCAAUGACAAAGGAUGAAAAGUUUGAGGCAUCCCUCUGUCACGAACGAGUGUGUUGCAAGUUCACCAUCGAUUACGAGUUAUCUGCACCGAUUACAACCCAGCAAUUCUACCGCUACCGACUAGCGGCCUUUGACGGGGCCCGUUCGUUCCAGGGAUUCGCCGAGUCCAGGGUUACGGUUUGUGCCGUUCUAGCGUGUACCGGAACCACGCUGACGUCGUGCGGAACGCGGUUCGAAAGUGGUGCCAACACGGUCCCGAUGGUGGUGUUCAACUCGAUUGAGCUUAAGGAGACCGUCGAUUUGGAGGGUAGCUUCCUCGGUGAACAGCAGUACAUGGUGCUGCCAACCAGUUUGGACACGAGCAUUCUUCCGCUGGAGGUGGAUGAGUUUGAGUACAGUGAGCGGGACGUCACAACAGAUGGCAAAUUGAUCAUAGAGAUCACCCACAAACUGGUGAAGCCACGAUCGGACCUGUACUCGUUCGCCAUUUGGGGUCGUGAAGUUGUUCAAGAAUUCAGUUCUGGAGCAUUUGCUUCGAUUGGCAGUACUUGCCUGAUGUUUGCGGCAGCUCUUUUCGCAAUAGUCCUGAAUAAAUUUAAUUAAAUUAUACACGAGUAAAGUAGAUCGAGCGUAGCUUAAUUUCUUCGAACCGAAUUAGUAGGUUAACCUUGCGAAAGAUCGCUUGCGGGUGUGACAAAAGAAGAAUGUUUAACA